UGCCCACUAUGCCACCCGGAAGCGCUUGCUCUGCAGGGCUGUGAGGAGGGAAGAUGGCGGCGGAGGAGCCUCAGCAGCAGCCGGAGCCCCUCGGCGGGGACACGGACGGAGUGAAUUGCUUGGCCUAUGAUGAAGCCAUAAUGGCUCAGCAGGAUAGAAUUCAGCAGGAGAUCGCUGUCCAGAACCCAUUAGUCUCCGAAAAGAUGGAAUUGACAGUCCUGUACAAAGAAUACGCUGACGAUGACCAUGUAUAUCAGCAGAAGAUCAAGGAUCUUCUGCAGAAGUAUUCGUUCAUCCGGAAGACGAGGCCAGAUGGCAACUGUUUCUACCGGGCGUUUGGCUUUUCCCAUUUGGAGGCUCUUUUGGAGGACGGGAAAGAGCUGCAACGCUUCAAAGAAGUGGCCGCCAAAAGCAAGGAAGUGUUGGUGUCACAGGGUUUCACGGAGUUCACCAUUGAGGACUUCCACAACACGUUCAUGGAUCUGAUAGAACAAGUGGAGAAGCAGACCACUGUCUCGGAGCUGCUGGGCUCCUUCAAUGACCAGAGCACCUCGGAUUACCUUGUGGUCUACCUGCGGCUGCUCACCUCGGGGUACCUGCAGCGGGAGAACAAGUUUUUCGAGCACUUCAUUGAAGGAGGACGAAGCAUAAAGGAGUUUUGCCAGCAGGAGGUGGAGCCCAUGUGCAAGGAGAGCGACCACAUCCACAUCAUUGCGCUGGCCCAGGCCCUCAACGUCUCCAUCCUCGUGGAGUACAUGGACCGGGGCGAGGGCGGCACCACCAACCCCCACGUCUUCCCCGAGGGCUCGGAGCCCAAAGUGUAUCUACUGUACAGACCGGGACAUUAUGAUAUCCUAUAUAAAUAGCGGGCGGGGCACAGCCUGGCAAAGGAGCCAAGCCCCCCCCCCUUUUUCCAUUCUCUCGCGCAUUCUGUCUCGCUCCACGUUUCCCCACCGUCCUUCCCGCUGGGCAGCAUUCGUCUGUGGUUGUAAAUGGUGAUCGCUCUUACUGACAUCUCGCCGCUCACUUGGUUUGUUAUUAUUCUAUUUUUUUUCCUCCUUCUUCUUUUGUUGUUACACUUACACACUCUCUUCUGUGUUUUAUUAAAGGGGAUGCCGGUGAAACAA